ACGUCGGUUUGCAUCUUUUCGAGCGGGACUCUGAAGACAACAGAAACUAAAAGCACUUAAUCUAACUUUAUCACAUCUAUGUGUUGCGUCCAGCAGAAAUGGCUCAACAGAUUGAACCCGAUUUUCCAUCUAGCCUUGCGUGUCUCAAAAACGUAGACGCCCUGCUGCGGUGUCCUAUUUGCUUUGAAUUCCUCAACAUUUCAAUGAUGACCAAGUGUUCACACAACUUUUGCUCGUUGUGCAUCAGAAGAUUUCUUUCUUAUAAGCUGCAUUGUCCAGUUUGUAAUACACAAAUGACUGAGCAAGACUUGCGAAACAACCGCAUCCUGGACGACUUGGUCGUACACUUUCAAGCUGCAAGGGACCAGUUGUUAAAAGCAAAUUUUGACUCUCCUCCAAUAUCGCCAAAAACGGUAGCCUCAGCUGUCAAAUCCAGGGCUGCCAGCGAGAAGUGCCAGAAGUCCAGUGGCUCCAUUUUAAGUCACUUUUUCCAAAAGAAGCUUCAAUCACCUCCCCGAGAGGAAGCCGGUCAACAUGUUCCAUUGGAGGAAAUGCAGACGGCACAAACCCACGGGGCAGAUGUCGAUGAUCUACAUUCAGGAGAGGCUGAUUCUUCUGUGGUUGUUAAAGAAGAACCCGUAGAUCCGGAGGACCAACCUACCCAAAGUUUUGUGUCUGUGAAAGAAGAAGACACAGCUACUCAGAGCGCUGGAUUUGAGAUGGCACAUUCCUCAGCACCUUCAAGCGAUGUAAACCUCCCAAUUAAAGUGGAGUGCCCUGUGUGUUCUGUAAGUGUGGCCCAGCAGUUUAUCAACAAGCAUCUGGACAUGUGUCUUGCCAGUGGAGAGAAGAAGGAAAGCUUGAGGAGUAGCCCUGGCAACACAAGGCGUCCAAUGGCAAAGUUGGUUUACAACCUACUUUCCAUGCAGGAGCUGAGGAGGAGGCUGAAACAGUGCCAUUUGUCAGUGCAGGGCUCUCGGGACCAGCUGGUCAGACGACACCAGGACUUCAUCCACUUACACAACGCGCAGUGCGACUCCCUCAACCCCAAAUCAGUUGAGGAGAUUGCAAAACAGGUGGAAUCCAAUGAGAAGAAGAGAAAUCAGCUCCAAAGGAAAAGCAAACCUGUCAUGCUUUUCACAAAGAAUCAGUCUGAGAAGGAGAUUGAAGAGGUGCAUUCAAGUUAUAGAAAGCAGCACAGCAGUGACUUCUCCCGGCUGAUUGCGCAGGUUCGAGGUCGCCUGGAGACCAAGAAACAGGCGUGUGUGAAACAAGAAGUCGCUGUGGAGAGAGAAGUUCAAGAACCGCACACUUCAGAUCAAGUUCCUGAAUCAAAAAGCUUCUUUGUUGUGAAAGUAGAAGACGAUGAAGCUGGUGAGGAUCAAUCUGCAAGCGUGAUUGAGUUGCCAUCCAGCCCCUCCUUUAGCGAUGUGUCCAUUAGCAGAACCACAGAGAGUAUCUCGGUCCAAAAGCGACCGUGCAGCUCCAGCGGCAGUGAUGAAGCUUCAUUGGGAAAGCGACGACGUAAGACAUGAGGAGAGAAGGAGUUCGCUCACAUAGGAACCUGGAAACCUUUGGCCGUCUAGGGACAAACAUGCACAGAUGUCAAACAUUUCUUUGUGAUUUUCAUACAUUUUUAUGUUUCUUUUGUUUUUCUUUUAAUAAAUUUCUCACGUUUUAACACUAUAUUGUUGACUUGUGAUGUGUAAUGAACUGUCCUGAGUGACAAUCAAGUCCAGUUGGAGAAGGACGUUGAAAAUGAUGUUUCAUUACACCGUAGGACAUAGUACAUUUAGUUUUUGUCUUUAAACUUUAGAUGCAGUUUGUUUGAUUCUGGAUAUCUACAAAAUUGAGUUUCAACUUGCAGCUUUGUCAGUGUUUUCAUUCAGAGAA